AUGUUCAUCUCGGUGAUUACUGUCAGCUCCCUCGCGGGCCUCCUGUGCGCGUUGGUGGUUCUGCAAUUGCUGCAUUCUGGAGGAGAGCGAGUACUCCUUCAUUGUACAAUUCUUUUACCAGUUUUGCGGCUGGUCACAGGGCUUCUCUGCAUGUUGUAUCCUUGGAAUAAAUUCACCCCCGACGAGGCAUAUAAGCAGGGUGAUGGUUUGGUGCGGGACCUGGCAUGUGCGACCUACUUUUUGUUCGGAGCAGCCCUUGCCACGGGUUCGAUCAUCAACUGCUGCAUUUCUCUGCGAGUUCGACAUCUCGCUCGGCCAUGGCUUGGCCUGCAGGCAAAUUUGAUGCGGACCGUCAGCAGGAUUGUGCUUGCCAACCCGGGUAUGCUCCUGGUUCCGCUGGGUUGUGCGUUGCUGCUCUACUUCUGGAUUGUGGCUUGUAUCUCCGCUCUUACAGCAAUCCUCCGCAACGCGGAGAGUUCCUGGGCGGAAGCUGCAAUACUUCCUGCAUUCGUGUUGAUCUGCUGGGGUGGAGGUGUUGCCUGCUACGUUGCCAUCCUGGUCUUCUGUGGAGUCUACAGCCGAUGGUACCAUUCCUGCUCUGAACCACCUGUUGCAGCGAGUCUCAGGAGCGCGCUUGCUUUCGCAAUCGGUUCGGCAUGUCUGGCUUCGUUUCUCAGACCAACUUGUCGCAUCAUCGAGGUCCUGAGCAGGCUUGUUCAGCCUGCAGGGGCUGACUGCAAGGCAAACCCUCUCCGAGCCUGCUUGACCUGCAUCUUUGGGUAUCUUCUCGAGAGCUUGUUCCGAUGUGUAGGAGACAUUUCGCGCUUUUUCAACACCUGGGCUUUCACCCAUUGCGCAAUCCGGAAUGCUCCAUUCUUCCAAGCAUCGUGCAUCACGUUUGCUGUGUGCACGUGCGCCAACGUGACACUGCUUUCGAGCAACCUGGUCCUGGACUAUGUAACAGGUUCCGGCACCCAAGCGGGUGGUCUGCUUGGUUUCCUUGUCGGAGCUGUGGCUCACUUCCUAGGCAAGUGGCCAUGGCUUCACUGGGCGCCAGCUGCUGGGUUUAUUUGCGCAACCAUCAUGACCAGCAUUGUGCUGAGCGUUGCCAAGACCGGCUUCAAGGAGCACAUGCCUCAUGUUAUAUGA